CUUAAUCUUAUUACAGGGUAGUCUGAUAGGUUUCGUUUCCAUUAUUUUCUUCACACCACUUAUUGUUAAUAUUUAUACAAACUCUUCUUUCUGUUAAAUAUUCAACGUUUUAGGAUUGGACGAUUUCGAAUGCCGUCGAACGGAAUUGAUUCAUGCAUUAGUUUUGCAAGACUGUCUUUACUCAUAUUUAGAAGAACAUAUUGCUGAACCGAAAGGUCUGGGCGGUCGUAAACUUGACAUACAAUCCAUUCUCGAUGAUAUAGCUGAAUAUGUUCCACCAACUAUAGACAUCGUCAAUGGGUCAAAACAAGGUCAAUAUAAAUUAAAAGGUGAAAUAUAA